AUGGCAGGCGACGGGAGAAGCGAACUGCAAGAGCAGAGGCCGGGACGCGGGACCACAGGCAGUGGGGGCGACCGUCGGCCGCGACAGCGCGGCGGGCUGGGCUCUCCUGGCCUCGCGGGCUCGGUCUCCCCACCCGGAACACGGGCUCGCGGGAGCCGGAACUCGGAGCAGGCAGAUCCGCCCAGACCUGAAGGCCCGCCCGGACCCCCAGAGCACACGGACCGGAAGCAACGCGGCGUCCCGCCUCCGCCUCGGCCCCGCGCACCGGGAGGAGGGGACAGGGGGCGGGAGCCGCGCUCACGGCCCGGAGGCCCUGCCUCGCGGGCUGGGGUCGUGCGUCCGCGCAGAGUAACACUUACUCGCUGGGCGCGGACCCUCGCGGGUUCCCAGGUCCCCGCUCCGCACGCGCUGCGCAGCAGCCUCUACCUGGUGGGCGGGGCGGGAGCCUGCGUCGUCGCCAAAGAGACGGCGUCCCGGUUGGGCGGCAGAGUCCGGCUCCUUCCGCCCACCUCCCUCCUGUGGAACCUCUGGGGCGGCGCCCGGCAUCUGAGCGUCUUCAAGCUCCCCAGUUUGAGAACCGCAAAGGUGUACUUGCUCUCCUGGGUCGAAGCCGCGCAACCCGUGGGUCAAAUUCCCAGCGUUCGGGUCCUCAGGAAUCCGCCAACUCAGCGCCCAAGCUCCCUUAAAUGCAGAUCCGUGGCCACCCCCAGAGAUUCUGUCCCACGGGGCUCGCAAACCCCUACGAGCCGAUGCCCGGGUAAUCCCCACUGUACAGGGAGGCUCCGCAGCCCGGGUCUGAACCAGGCAGCCGGGCUCGGGGCCGCAGCCCCGCUGGAAACCCACCCUCGGCCAAGGGCUCGCCUUCCUCUGACGCAGCUGCCCCGCGUGACGCGGGAACAUGGUGACCCCACGACAGAGAGGCAAAGGGGAGAAAAUGGGAGGCUCCUCUGGGGCGCUCGCCAGCCCCCGGGGAGGCCCGCAGCGGCAGCUGACCCGAGGCCGGCCGCCCGCUCCCAGCCACAGCCACCCGGCCGGGCCGAGCCGGGGCGCGAGCCUCCGACCGGAACCAAGAACACCACCCCGCCGCCGCCCCGCCCGGACCGGAAGUUCGGGGAGUCCCGCCUCUCGCCCGGGUCGCGCCCCGACGGGGCUGCUCUGGGCGCCGGGAAGACGGCCGUCUCGGUGGUCCUCCGGGGUCACGCCAGGCCUGCUCGCCUUCCCGCCACCCCUCAGCCGGUCGCGGCCGAGGCACACGUAGGCUGGAAUCCUGACCACGGCCGCCAGCUCCUGACGCUUGCUGUGGUGCGUUUGUUGGAGCUCCAAGGAGACAGGAUCUGCUGACACAGGAGGACAGGACGGGGGGCAAGACUGUUGGGUUAGGAGGAUAGAAACUGACUCACACCAGCCUCUGCAAGGGGGUGCCAAAAGGCAGAAACCACCAAAAUACCCACCAACGGAUGAAUGGAUAAACAAAUUGUGGCAUAUCCAUAGAAUGGAAUGUUAGUCAUAAAAAGGAAUGACGUGCUGAUCCAUGCUACAACAGAGAUGAACCUUGAAAACAAGCAAAGUGAAAAAAGUCAGACACAAAAGGCCAUAUGAUUCCAUUUAUAUGAAAUGUCUGGAAUCGGCAAAUCCAUGGACAGAAUGUAGGCAGUUUCCGGACCUUAGAGAGAUGGGCCCGUUGCAGAGGAGCAAAGCGCCCUCCGGAGCCUCGCUGGGAGCCGGGGUGUUUGGAGGAACCCAUGGUCCCCAUGACGAGCGCCCCGAGUUCCGGAAGUUGC